AUGUUCCCGCAGCUCUUCAUCCCUUUAUUCUCUCUUUUCUCUACAACAUCUUCUCUAAAUAUCGUUCUUUAUUCUCAAGUGAUCGGUCCGAGUCAUCUCGAUUUCGCGAAUUCUCUUGUCGAUAAUUUGGCCAAUAAUGGGCAUUCGGUGGAUCUGAUAAUCGGUCAACUGAACACGAAUAACAAAAAGAAUGGCACGAAAAUGGCGCGAAGAGUGAGAAUGGUGGGAUUCAUGGAGAAGAGUCCAUGGGUUAGCUCGACACAUUUGAUGAAUCCCUUUUCCGAGAGUCGCAGCUUUUUCCAGUCGAAACUUAUGGAUGUUUUUGAGGACGCCACCAUAAAAAUGUGUGAUUUAUUUCUAAGUGAUGAGACUCUUUUGGAGUCUCUGCGAAAUGAGAAAUACGACCUGGCAUUGAUUUCAGCUUAUGAUUAUUGUCCAUUGGCACUCUUUCAUAAAACAGGUAUCACGAACAUCGCUCUAUUCAAUCCAACUCCAAUGUUUCCCCUUCAAACCUAUGCAUCCGGUCUUCCUAUGUUACCCAGUUACAUUGUAGACGUUCUUCAUUUCAACUCGCCUACAUUGAGCCUCGGUUUUUGGGAAAGAGCUUUCAAUUUAUUGGCGGCAAUCAAAUAUGAAUUCGCUGGUUAUCCGGAUUUCAUCAAAAUGACUGAUUCGAUCGUUCGAAAACAUUAUGGAGAGGAUUUCCCGAGUGUUCACGAUUUGUCUCUGAAGCACUCUGUUCUGUUCGUGAAUUCGAAUGAAUUACUUGAAAAGGGAAGACCGAUCAGCCAUAAAGUGAAAUACAUUGGAGGGAUUAAUCGGAAGAAACCGAGAACACUUUCAGAGGAAUGGGAAACUCUUCUCGCGAAAUCCAAAAAGGGAAACAUUAUCUUUUCGUUGGGAACACAGGUCGUUUCAUCGCGAAUCCCCGAUGAGAUCAAAAUCUCGCUCAUUCGCGCUUUUUCCCAUUUCCCUGAAUACAAUUUCUUCUGGAAGUAUGAGACAAUCGAGUCGGAUUCGUGGCUUUUCAAGAAUUACACAAAUGUUUUCCCGAUCAAUUGGCUUCCGCAAACGGAUAUUUUAGAACAUGGAAAAACGAUUGCUUUCAUCUCCCAUAUGGGUUUGAAUUCAUAUCUUGAGGCUUCUUAUGCCGGUGUUCCGACAAUUAGUAUACCGAUAUUUGCUGAUCAAGUAUACAAUGCAUUGAAUGCUCAAGAAAAGGGAAUAUCGGUGACAAUUCGAAAGACGGAAGUCACCGAGGAAACGAUCAAGGAAGCACUCACAAAAGUCAUUGGAAAUCAAGAAAUGAAAAAGAAAUGUUUAAUCUUGUCGAAAAUGUUGAAAGAAAAGCCCGAUCAGCCAGAGAGGAGAUUCAUUGAAUGGAUUCAGUUUGCCGCCAAGUUCAAGAAUCUUGACGAGCAUUUAAAUCUGCCAUCAACCUUAAUGUCCUCACUCGCAACACCGAGAAUUGGAAUGUACAGCAAAGGGAUCGCCAUCAGACCCAACCACUGUAGACAAAGUGUU